AUGAAGGAUGUUGCUCCAGUUGUAAGUAAAAUUUGUUAUAAAACUGAAACACUUGGAACUGGUAAAAUUCAACUAAACAUUAGGAAAGCCACAACACAAAAUGUUCUUGGAAGUAAACUUGUAGAGCUAUUAGGUAUUAGUCGGAGAAUGAAACCUGAAGAUCUCGCUGGGAUUAGAACUCUGGACUUUUCGAAGGCUAGCCGGAUGCGCUCCCAAUUACGUCAUAAAGGCACACGGUUGCAUGGCUCUUAUGAAGCUUUAGAAGGAGGUCAAGCGAUGGAUGCAUUGGUGGACCUAACCAGUGGUUUGUCAGAAAGAUACGAUUUGGAAUCGGCUCCUUUGAACCUUUACCAGUUUCUUCUACAAGCGUCAUCUGGAGGAGCUUUCAUCACAUGCUCACGCAAAGGAGAUUGGCAAAUGGCCAAUGCAGCCGACCCAAAUGGCCUAGUAUCUGGACACGCCUACACUGUCACAGCCGUGGCCAAGGUGCCAAUGAAAGAUGGUAAUAGAGUAAACUUGGUAAGAAUACGAAAUCCAUGGGGAAAUGAUGUGGAAUGGAAUGGUUCUUGGAAUGAUAAUGAUUCUCGAUGGAGUGAAGUGGAUUUGCAUACGAAAUAUCAGCUGGAAUGGAGACGAAGGGACGAUGGAGAAUUCUGGAUGGAAUAUAAGGAUUUUUGCAGAGAAUUCGAAGAAGUCACAAUUUGCACGUUGGGUCCAGAUUUUGAUGGAGACGGGGUAGCUGAAGAAGCAGGAAUGGUGAAGGCCAUUCGAGGGAAAUGGGAAGUGCCGAAAACAAGCGGCGGCUCUAGGAAUAAUCUCGAGCUUUUCGCCAGAAACCCACAAUAUUUAUUGUCCGUAUAUGAACAUGAAACUCGCAAAGACCAACGCAAAGAUUCCAUUGCGAGCGCAGGAUCCAGAUACUGUUGCGCUGUCAUCGCACUCAUGCAAGUACGAAGAAGAUGCAUGAAACACCCGGGUCGAAAAAUGAUGCAAAUCGGAUUUGUUGUUUACCGGGUAAGAAUAUUUAUUACAUUUUCUUAUUUUAUUAAUAUAAUUAUGAAAAAGAAUUUUAGCCGUCUCAGAAACUAAAAAACAGUUCAGAGAACAGUCUUCAUGUUCAAUAUUCAUCCCAAUAUGAAAAAG